GUAGACAGCGGUGCACUCAUUCAGACAGAAGGUCCGACUCUGGUGAAAUUGAAUCAUUUCUGUCGUUUACUCCGUUGGAAGUUCUCGUGUUACCGAUUUCAUACCUCGACAUUGGUCUACACGCUUCUUGCAGAGUAUCAUCAUCGGCUUCUCAAUAGAAAUAAUUUUUCAGUGGAGUUAAAAACCGCGGGCUGAGCGGUAUUCACCUUUGUUGAGAUUCAGCGUGAGAUGAAAAAUUAGUUACGAUGAAUCCGAAGUUGAACAGCAUUGAAGCCGAAUAUCUGGAUAUCAUGCACAGGAAUGGGUGGCCCCUGAUUUAUCAGAGGGUCGGUCAGGAGUGUCAAAAGCUCCCGUACACUUGUGUGGAGGCGAAGAGGCCUCACAACAAGGCGCUGAACCGCUACCGCGACGUGAACCCGUACGACCACAGCCGCAUCGUCCUACAGCGUAGCGAGAACGAUUACAUAAACGCUAAUCUCGUUAGGAUGGAAAGCGCUGAUCGCCAGUACAUCCUGACUCAGGGACCGCUUGCGUUCACCGUAGGCCACUUUUGGCUGAUGGUCUGGGAGCAGAACAGCCGCGCCGUCCUAAUGCUGAACAAGGUCAUCGAGAAAAACGAGAUCAAGUGUCACUGGUACUGGCCCCAUGGAAACGGCGAACAGCACAAGAUGCUGCUAACAGAUGUGAAUCUUAGCGUCGAACAGAUAAGCGAGGAGGAAUGCCCAAACUACUCCAUUCGGGUGCUUAAGCUAUGCGAUCUGGAGAGCUCCGAGAGUCGCGAGGUCAUCCAGUUCCAUUACACAACUUGGCCCGACUUCGGAGUGCCGUCUUCUCCUCACGCAUUCCUCGAAUACUUGAAGAAGAUCCGCGAUGCUGGCGCUUUGGAGAACGAUGUUGGGCCAGCGGUCGUGCAUUGCAGCGCCGGCAUCGGUCGCUCUGGAACGUUCUGUCUCGUUGACUCCACUAUGGUUAUGAUACAAAAGGCCGAUGUGAAGUCUAUCAACAUCGAGCACAUUAUGCUUGAGAUGCGCAAGUAUCGCAUGGGUCUAAUUCAGACACCUGAUCAGCUGCGUUUCUCGUACGAGGCCAUCAUCGAGGGGGCGAAGAGGGAGGACCCCAACUACGUACCUUCCAAUAUGGUCGAGAGCGUGUACUCGCCGGUGACUGACGUCGAAGAUGAUUGUCCUCCUCCGCCUCCUCCGCGCGGUGAGAGCCUCUGUCGCCCUCCUGCUCGUCCCUUGCCCGCGAUUCCUUCAAGCAUGUCUCUAGGCGAUCACCUGAGCGCUCCCGUCGAGUCUUCGAGCUCUGACGAAUGUCCCCCCACUCCCCCAGAAUUAGAACUACCGCCCUUCUCUUCAGCCGACGAAGAUGAAGAACAGUCCGCCGUCCAGCCCGAGAGCAGCAGCGGCGCCAAGACGGAGACACUGCGCCGUCGUCGCAUCCGCGAGCUGUCCGAGCGCGUCUCUCUGAUGAAGCGACGGGCCCGCGACGCCGAACGAUGGCACAACCUCAAGAGGUCUCUCUACAAACCCCUCACGAUCACCUUCGGCUUCAUCCUCGCCGGCAUUGUCAUUUAUUCAUACGUCAAACACUAAUCAAACACUAAUGCAAUUACAUAAAACAAACUCGAUACACCUGGAGGAAAAUACGCGCCGGAGCGUUCGCGUAUAGCAAAGCAUAAUAGCGCGAAAUUCGACGUUGACUAUCACAUAAAUAAGUUAGAGAUGCCAGCUCAAACGUUUUUCCCUAAAUAUAGGAAAAAAAAGAACCAAAAAUUAUUUUCUAGGGGAAAUAUGUGUUUGAUAAACGAAGGAGCAUGGAAUUGAACGUCAUAUAGAAGAUAUGUCCUUCAUCGAAUAGUAAUUGGCAACAGUGAUUGCACCGAAGUAGGAGCAUCGGUUUUUGUAUAACUCGCACGAUGCGGUGGGAUGCUACUCUAGGUUCAAUCACUGAAACCCUUUAAUCUAAACCGCUAACUUAUACGCGAAGGCUCCCGGUCAAUCCUUUACGAAAUGGUUAUCUUUACUUUUCAAUUUGUUCGUCGGCAAUCAAUCGAGAACACUGUGUUGUGACGAAAUACGAGGACUCUGUCUGCCUUGCGUUACUCCUUCGAAUGUCAAAACAACAACAAAUUGUUAAAUAUUUAAGUAUAAAAACGAAACGCAGAGUUAAUGUCGUUUUGUUGGCAACACACGGCCGCCAUAGUAGCGAGGUGACCAUUUUGAUACUUUUAUAAAUGAAAUAAUCACGCCGUUUCGGUAUAAAGCUAGAGCUGUGAUUCCUUCUUUUUUUAACGAGUUAUCGUAUUUUAUUAAUUUUAAUUUAUAUAUAUUUUUUAUCAACUCAUUUGGUCGUAUAUUAUUCUUAUUAAAUAAAAAAGAAACUUGUCAGCAUUACGAUAAUUCAUAACUCUACAGUUUAUAUACUUUAAAAUCAAAAGCUUGAAAUUUACUCUUUGUUACGGUAAUACAAUAUAUUUGUAUCUCAUUCGACAAAACUAAGAGAAGGCAAAUAGAAAACGUAAAACAAAAAAUAGUUAAAACAAACAUUGAUCACUAAAAAAAGUUAUUCCAGUAUAAAUACAACCCCGUGACGUCACUUGACAGUUCCGAAUGUAACGUGGUCCUUUAAAAAACACCAAGACGAAGUCAGUAUGAAAACUUCCACGGCUUUAAUUAACUUAUAUAUUAGAGAAAUAGCGUAACCAAGAAAAUGUGUUUUCUUCGUUUUAGAGAAAUUUUAAACUAGGGCGCCUUAAUGACUAUUUCUCUAUCCAUUUGGGCCGUUUAAAUUACGUUUCACUGAACUAAUUAAUUGCGGCUGAUAAAUAAAUUGCUAAUUUAAAAAACAAAUAAGCGUGGAAACAAACACAAAUGCAUCACAAAACAACAUUGAAAUAAUUAUUUGUAUCAUUUGGUUAAAUGGAAAAAAAAAUAAAGCAUGUAACAUAAUAUACUAUAAAACAUUUUUGGAAUUACUCAUGAAGCAAAUUUUACUAAAUCAGCUAACGUAAUUUAUAUCGUUUAGUUUAACCCAAACUUUGAAUGAAGAAUUUUGAAUUUUGAAGAAUUUUUUUAUAACACAGUUCGCUGCUGAUUGGUAGCAUAGUGGAAUGGUUCUGUGAAUGCCUAGAAACGAUUUAAUAUUCGACUUUAGUUAUAGGUUAUAUUUUAAAUUAACUUUAUUGUUUGUAAAAAAAACUUUGACAAUAACUAUAUCCGACAUGAAAUCACGGAUUUAUAGUAGUACCGGAUUGCGCAUUUUCAUUGACCAUUCGAAUUUAUACCCUCAGUGGUAAUGUUAAAGCUUUACUGUAUAUUACAUGUGCAGUUAGAAAAUCGGGUCAGGUGAGAAGUCCCGAAGCAGUAUUGUGUUCUUAUCUAACAAGUUGCCUUCCCUAGUAAAUCCUAAGUAAAAUAUUCUUUGAGUUUUUUUUAAUCGAAAUUUUUUAAUACGUUUUACAAAAAUACAUAUUUUUCUUUUUUUAAAUUAAACCUAGUAUCGUCAAAGAAUGUAGGUUUUAUUAUUUAUUUAUUUUUUUAAUUAACGAAAAUCCAGGAAAUCAUAAUGUUUUUCAUAAAGAUAAAAUCAAAGUGGAUAGCUGUUUUUGGCAUCAACGUUUGAAGCCGUUGAUGAUGAUAGCGUUUCAUAAAUGUUAUUCUCAAAUUUAAAAUGUUAGAUAUUUACUGCUUUAACCUGAUUACGACUUAUCUCUUUACAGGAUAGCUGUUUUCGUUGAAUAAUUUUAUAGUAGGGUGACCAUAACUCAUGGCGCUGUCUGGAUCACUAUCGAUAAUAUACUGUGACCAAUUUAUAUUCUAGUUGAUUCACAAAAAUAUAUACAAAUAAAAAUCGAAAUUAAGCGAAACUAUCUUAAAUUAACUAUAUUCAACAGAUUUUUCCGAUCUGAACAAAGAUAUACAAUAUAAUAGUAAAUAUAGUUAUAUACCAAAUUAUUUAGUUACAAAAAAGGUUUCAGUGUAAAAAAGAAACUUAUUAAUUUUUUUUUUGGUAUAGAAUUAUAUGACUAAUUAAUAACUAACGCAUUAACCUCGUGAAACCUGAACAUAAAAGGAAACAUAAAUAAUUAUCAAACACGCCUCAAGUUUCGGGCACAGUGUAAAAAUCUAACAAUAUUAAAAAAAAAAAAAAACAUAAACAAAUAAUAUAAUUAAACUAGAUAAAACUAAAAAGACAAUAAUAUUACAGUAGCAGUAGUUAAUAAAUAAUAUAAUUGUUAGAAAGUACGAACGAUUCGUGGGCAACCUAUUAGAAAGAGAUGCAUUACCACUUUCGAACCUCUCAUUCGACUGAUUUUUAUAAUUUAACUGCAAUGUUUAGUUGCAUUACCAGCUAAAGCAUAAAAUGAAUUAAACAUUUUUAGUUAAUUCUGAUUCAAAAACUCAUUACAUUUAAUGAUGUCCAUUAAAAUUUAAGCGCUCUGUCGAUUUAAUAAAAUAUCGGUAGACCGACAUUAUCGAAAGCGGAUAACGACAGUCCGUCGCGUAAUUAUGAUAAUUUAUACAAACAAUCUCUCAAAAUAUUUUUGAGUGGAUUAAUAAAUCUUAAUAAUAACUAUUACCUUCUAACAUAUUCGUUAUCUUUCUCUAUCUUUGUUCUGUUUUUCUUAUUUACUCUCAUAAAACAGAUUGAAUUGAGUACUAUUCUAUUAAACUCAAUAAAUAUAUUUUAAAACGAAAUCGUCUAAGACUGUAAAAACACCAAUGAAGAUCGUUUCAACGAAAUCUCUGUAUAUUUAAAAAAAAUAUGCAUUUAGUAAUAAUUAAAUGAAUUAUUACUGUAUUUCAUUAUUAAGUUUAAUAAUUAUUAUAUUUUUUACUAACUCACUUAUAAAAGGCCGACUUACAUGCAUUACAUGUGGGAUGGUAUGGCGAAAUUUAGUGGAUAUUUAGUUUAACAACAAAAUCUUUUAUUCUUUCAAAAAAAUACUACAUACUUACACAUUCGUAACAUCGUUAUGCCCAUUUUAUAUCUGUCAUUUAUAUUUUCUUCUUUUAAAAUAAAACUAGUGUGCCAGUGUGAAUUAACCAAAAAGUACCGAUAUCCCACUUAUACAUAGGUACAUAUGUAUAUGGCAAUCCUUUGCUAUAAAAUCUGGGCCUACUUCCGGUGUUUAAAUCGGUAUAAAGCAUUGUAAUUGUAUACUUCACAUGACAAUGCCAUAUUAUUUUAUCAAGGACGAUCAUACUAAAAUCGUAUUAUAUAUUAAUAAUGUUCUUUAAUUUACCCCUUAUUUUAGCAAAAUAAUUUACAAUUGUAGCUGUAAAACAAUUAUUGAGAAAAGUAUCGUUCAUUGCUUUUCUUGAACAAAUUGGAAGUGAUAUUUUUACAUUCGUGUCAAAAUCGACAAGCUUCCCAUUUUGUGGCUUACAAAAACAACGAUUUGAAAAGUAUUCGCUUUUGUCACAAAAUAGAAAAAUCUGACAAAAACUACUUACAUUGUACAUAUUAACAAACAAAUGUACCGACUGUCUGUAUAAACGAUAUAUUAGCGUCUUGGAGCUGGGUAUAUAAAAAAUUCGGCAAGUCAAAAAUAACGGGCGAGUUAUAUCGCGCUAACUCUUGCAAGCGACCGCCCUCACAAUAUUACUUACAACUUACCGUAAUACACAAUAACUUAUUUAUGAUAGUUAAAUAAAAUAUUUCUGAGAAAAACAUGUUUAGUUUAAUUUUUAAUGAUCUUAUGGUCGUCACACGACGCCGAUAUGUCUUUAAAUAAUACGGAGAUAUCUUAAAUAUAUUUUAAUUUCAAAUUAAAAGUCGUAAAAAAUAUGUUACUGUAUAUUAUUAAUUUAUAAGUUUAUAACAUACCUCAUACAUUUUGUUAUUCCAAAAUCCUGAGUAUGUAGCUAUUGCAAACUCAAAAUAAUGGAACACAUUUAAUUCAACCAUUAACGGACUCUGCGUUCUUCGCUUUUAACAAAAGUUGGUGAUUUUCUCGUUCUGUACUAGUAUUAAUAUACUGAGAUUAGCGAUCAACUGGAAGACUACAUUGCUACACGUCCUUACGGAUCCAUCAGAUCCAAUAACCCUUGCAUUAGACGCCUUCAGCUCUAACACUAGGAGCAGGCUGAGGAACCCCGGUAACCGUACUCGUCGAACUCGACAAAGAGGUCGACGUGCAACCUAACCCAUGCAUCAGCCCGCUGAGUGUCUUGCCGGAUCUUCUCAGCGGGUCGCGUUUCCUAUCUGGUAAUAGAUUCAUUCGCGAAGCAGCUGCCCUCGAGUUGUUAAAUCUCCUUCGGAGGCGCUCGGGGGGCUGUUAGCUAAUCCCACCCCUCCUGGCUGCGCCUAUGCUCGCCCACAUGUCGUGGUGAAACUGGAAGGGCUUCAGGGGCACCAGUAAUCAUAAAAAAACUACAUCGCAGAUGAUAACUACAUACAAGGGCCCGUUUAUAUUAGACUAUUCGAUAUUGCGACUUCAAAUGGAGACCUUUUUAGACACAGCCCACAGACAAAGCGCAAUCACUCUCAGAAGCCUGAGCCCAACGAUGAGGCACACGAAAUCGCCAGCUGAAAGACGAUUCUGGAAACCGUAUUUUUAGAAGGAAAUAAUUUAACACGAUAGGUCUGUAAAAGGGUUGAUCGAACCUUUUCUUUUCUGGAUAAGAACUCUUUCGACCUCUGGAGACUGGAAUUAAUUGUGAUUGAUACUUUUUGUCUCUGGCCAUACUUAAGUGUGGUGCGACAGUUUGGGAUAUUGGAAAAAAAGUGAAAUGAAAUGAAAGUUCGUGACUGUUAAAAAAAUUAUAGUCCGGUAUUAGUUGACAAAUUCACAAUAAAAUGAACAUAGGAAACGCGGUCUGAACUUGUGUUCUGUUACGUUCCAGCCAUUUAGCUUACAUUAGUAUUAUCAUACCAGCAUCUUUGCUCGUAGAACGAAUUUUAGCAACGAAAUGUUCAGCUUAUCAAAAAAUAUUAGGAAACUUACAUCUUAGUUAUUAAUGUUCUUCGUUUUAUGGUAGUUUUUUAUUUAUUUAUUAAGUCGAUUUAAAUUCUUUGAUGUUUUUUAAACAUUAUAAUGCUCUUCUAUUUGCUUCAUGUUGGAAUAUGAGAAGUUUUUAUUUCUAUUCUUAAAGAUUGAGUUAAAUGUAUUUAUAAACGCAUAUUCUUUCCAAACCUUCAGUGUUUAUGGUAAUUUAAUCAUGUACUUGCGGGUUGUACUCUUAUUAUGUAUCCUUGUUAAGAUCUCGAUAUUUUCCGGUCUUUGUUCUCUCUAUAAAAAUAGCGAUUAGUCAAUUCUUUUUAUUUCGAUCAUGUCAUUAUUAACCAUGAUUCAAAGGUUAUUGUGUUUAAAAUAGAAACGAGAAGUCUGAUAUUGAAAGAAUACAUACGAGAAGAUCCAAGGGUGAAAGUGUCGGAUAACUGUCUAUCCAGUCCCUAAAAGAUAAAAAUAACUAACGUACUUAAAGAACCACAACUAUAACUUUAUUUCAAGAGGCUCUUAAAGUGAAACUCAACAAUGCCGCUUAAGUCGACGAAGUAAUUAAUAACUUAAUCUUAGUUUUGUUGACUUUUUUUUUCAUUGUAUCAGGCCUGUGAAAUAUAAAAAAUCAUAUCGAAUUUGAUAGGUAAGCAGUCCAAACAAAAUAAAUAAAUAAAUAAUUUGUGGCAAAAGCCUGGCAGGAAAUCUAAGCAAAACGCUGUCUCAAAUACCUGAUAUAAUAAUUCUAUUAACACGGGAAACACUUGAAAACAAAACGUCUGCUUUCAGUAGACUUUUAAUGAAUGAACUGAUGAUUUGUUGCCCAAUAGAUAGCUUGAGUCUAAAUUAUUUUAAAUUGCAUUGGCCUUACUUUGUUUCAACUGACGUCAUUCCAAUUGUUCAUAUCAGGCGCAGAGUCCUAACGGAUUGACGAUGUCAUAUACUACUUGCGUAUGUCAAUACGUCCCUAUUGAAGCGGUCUCUUUUAAACUAUAACUGUUUAAUUUUAUACGAAAAUGAAACCUGUGCAACUGUUAAUAAGGUUAACUGUUUCUCCGAAAACUUUUGAUGUCUCUUGUGGUAUGAAGUGAAACUCGAUCAAUGGUACUAAGUAAAGUUUAUUUAAAUAACUAAAAUCAAAUAACAUAUCAUAUUAAUUGAUAAAUCAAUACAAGUUGUUUUUAUUUCUAAUUAUUCUCGUCGUAUAUCCUAAAUUGUGUUAGUGUAUACAGUAAAAAAAAAUCAACAAAAUUAAUACUUGAAUAUAUUCGUAACGUCACGUUGUGUAGGUAGAUUGUUAAAGCGGAGCCAUUUUGGUUUUCAUUACAGUUGACUAUCAUUUCUCGAAUCUUCUUUCUGUUUUAUGAAUUGAAUUUUGUUGACAUAGCCAUAUGAGAUUUUCGUCUUUAAAUUGCAUAUCUGAAUUAACGAGCUCACUGUUCACAUGAGGUCGAAGUUGUAAUUUUAUUGUAAAACGGUCGCUUAUACACGACCUUCGAAUUGGAACUCAUGACUGAUUCGCGACAGACACAGAUAGGGUAAUGAUAACUUUACCCCUGAGGGCUCAGAACGGAUGGAAAAAAAAAUUAUGUUCUCCUAAUUUUUUCAUACCCUUUACUGGUGGUAGGACCUCAUGUGAGUCCGCACGGGUAGGUACCACCACCGCGCCUAUUUCUGCCGUGAAGCAGUAAUGCGUUUCGGUUUGAAGGGUGGGGCAGUUGUUGUAACUAUACUGAGACUAUACAACUUAUAUCUGAAGGUGGGUGGCGCAUUUACGUUGUAGAUGUCUAUGGGCUCCAGUAACCACUUAACACCAGGUGGCUCGUCCACCCAUCUAAGCAAUAAAAAAAAACCUUUUAAAUAUGUUACUAAAGAAGUCCUCUAAUAUCGUCAAAUCUCAAAAGCGUUAGUUUUUAGUUCAAUUGCUAUAUUAUCUACUAUUGGUACAUACAUAAGUUUAUGACAAUAUUUAUAUGUUCGGUUAAUAAAAAUUGGAACAAAACUCGCGAUAAACGAUUUUGAAAACGAAAUAAAACACGACCUUCAUAUGAAAAAAGUAUUCUUUAAAAACGAGACUAUCACGAAAGUUUUUAAAUCAAUAAAUAAAACAAUAAAUAAAAACACGUUAAUAGUGCACCAAUUGUUUUUAACGGUAACCUAAAUAUAUUGAAUAAUAUGUCGUGAACGACUUUUGAAUUCUCGACGCACCGUUAAAAUUGAUUGCUGCAACAUAAUGAGAAAUAAAAAGGAUUCACUUGAAAACGAAGAAAUUGAAGUCGAAUUAUUAAUAUUUCAGGUUUAAAUUCGAAGAGAACAAAGAACAUUGAAUCGUGCCACACAGAUAAGGCAAGUAGGCAAGGCAUUCUUUUUUACGAACCACGCUUCGGGCAUUCAUUUCAUUUUCCUCGGACGGCUAUAGACCACGAUGUGAGCUCGUAAUUGCAGCAACACAUCGUUUAAUAAAUAAUAUAAUAUAUGCUAUUUCCCUUCUAACACUUGAACAUAAGCUAGAACGAUGUUGAUAUUAUUUUUUAGAAAAGUACAUCGUUUUACUUAAAAACGCGGGUAGUUCUAGAUACCUGGAUCAUAUUACACAAUAGUACGUGUUUCCGUAUAUUGUAGUGUUAACAAUUUAUCUGGUAUAAUACGUAGAUUUCGUAAAAACAUGAGUAAGCUUUUUAUCAUUACCGUGUAUGUAUACAAUGAAAAUAUUGCCAUGUCAUUUUAUAUUUAUAAUCUAACUAUUGUCAAUAUUUAUAUUCUGUAUUUAUGUAUUUUACGGUAUGAUGGCAGUACGCGUCGACAAUUUAUUUGUAACAAAAUAUUUUCUGGGUUUACGUAAUAAUAUCGUUCCGAGAUAAUUAUUGGAAUUUAAUUAACAUUUUACGGAGAACGCUUAAAAAGUAUUACAUUUACUUAAUAAAGUAUAUCGUAUCCUACUUAGUCUUUAAAUUUGCAAAUCUUACCAAAUUUCGUCGAGUUUAAAAUACAUUUCGACAAUUAAACGUUAAUAGUUAGAUAACAUGAGAACUCAUUGCAUGCAAGAUGCUGUAGUAGGUGUUAAAUUGUUAAUUUUCCACAUGUAAUGUUUUUUUGUAAAAUUUUUGCAUUUUAACACAGUGGGAAGUGUAACCAGUGACGUUCCGUAAUUCAGACUACAUAUUCAUUACACUUUAUUUAAUUGACCUAAAUAACAAACUCGCGUUUAUGUAAUGUGUGCAUGUAGCAGCUCUUUCAUAUACAUACAUCAGUACAUAAUAUGAUUAAUAAGUUCUAUAAUUCCAUGGAAAGUUGUACUAAAUUUUCAUGUACAUUUCAUUUAUAUUUACACACUUUUUAAUUUAGUCUAGUUUAUUAUUUGCUUAAGACGGAACAUUUUGUUAAUGCAAAAAUGUCUCAUUAGUUUUUUAAGGGUUCUUUAAUAUUUGAAUGAAUUUGUCGUUGAACAUAAUGUGCUUGACGCAGUUAUUGAAAUUGAAAUACAACGAAUUAAUAUUACUGGGCCAACAACUGCACGCCACAUUUUUGCCAUUAUUUUAAAAACGAAUGGCAGAUUACCAAAUAUACUACAAAAAAUUUCAUGUAUUUUUAUGUAUACGAAAUUUUCAUAAUAUUAAGAAGUAAGUAUUACAUUAAAUUUUGGCUUUUUUAAGAGAUGAUGAGCUCUUGUAAUAAUAGUACUCAUUGUACAUAGGUUUUGUUUUUCUUCCUAAAUCUGGGAACUACAUUAUUUAAUCUCGUAUUAAACGUAAAUCGUUUUUAUGUUAAUAUCUAGUGUUUAAACUACUUAUAUGUAAUAUCGAUAUUAAAAUUUUUUUUAGUAUCUCUUGAUGCUCGUCGCCAACUGAGCGUCUUCUAUUUACCAAGUGAAGGUAUAAGUGUCAAAACUGUAAUUUUAAAAUUAAAAUAUCACUAAAAAAUA